AUGUCUUCAUACAGAAUAGGCGUCGAUGUGGGCGGCACAAACACCGAUUGUGCUAUAAUCGAUGUGACAGCUACCGACGACACAUCACGAGGAGUCUGCGCAUCUUGCAAAACACCAACCACACCAGAUGUGACCUCCGGAAUUUAUACAGCCAUUAUCAAUGUAUUGGCCAAGUCACAGGUCAAUCGAAAUGAUGUUCAAAGUGUCGCUAUUGGCACAACGCACUUUGUCAAUGCUGUUGUAGAGGCUGAUCCUCGGCGACUCAGCAAAGUCGCCGUGGUCAGACUGUGUGGCCCAUUCACGAGAGCCAUUCCUCCUUUCAGCGACUUUCCUCCACAACUACGAGAGAUCAUGGAGGGACCGAUAUUCUAUCUUGAUGGCGGUCUUGAAAUAGAUGGACGGGAGAUCUCCACCAUCUCUCCCAAGCAGAUCCAAGACGCUGUUGCCGAAAUCAAAAAGGCCGGCAUUUCCACUGUAGCCCUCGUCGGCGUGUUUUCUCCCCUAGACCACCAAGGAAUCCAGGAGGAAGCUUGCAAGAAGAUGAUGCUUGAACUAGAUCCGUCUUUGUCGGUCGUGUGCUCAUCUAAGAUUGGAAAUGUUGGACUCCUAGAGCGCGAGAACGCGACGAUCCUGAAUGCAUCCAUUCUGAAUCUUGCCCGGAAGACUGUCCGUGCCUUCUGUAAAGCCAUAAGUGAUCUUCAACUGCAUUGCCCCUUGUUCUUAACACAAAACGAUGGCACUCUCACAGACGCAGCUACCGCAGCCGACCUGCCGAUCAAAACAUUUGCCAGUGGACCGACAAACAGCUUGACGGGAGCUGCAUACCUUGCAAAUCUGAAUCGAGGGGCGAACAGUGAUAUUGCUGCAGAUACUCAGAUUCUGGUCAUGGAUAUUGGUGGAACUACAACUGACGUUUGCGCUCUACUGCCGUCAGGAUUCCCACGAAAAGCGCCAAAUUUUGUUGAGGUCGGUGGCGUCAGGACGGCGUUCUCUAUCCCCGAGGUCCUCUCCGUAGGUUUAGGCGGGGGCAGUCUCGUCCGAGUAGAUGAAACCCUGGAUACUGUUGCUGUUGGACCUGACUCCGUUGGUCACUGUCUUGGAAGCGACGCUUUGGUAUUCGGAGGUGUUCAAAUGACAUCCACGGAUAUUGUAGUCGCUAGUGGCAAAGCAGACAUUGGUGAUGUGUCCAAGGUGAAGCAUAUUCCUGAUUCGGUGCUUGCAAAAGCACAGGCGAAGAUUAAGAGAAUAUUGGAACGCACCAUUGACGAUAUGAAAAUUUCCGAUCUGCCUGUGACUCUUCUCCUGGUGGGUGGUGGCUCCAUCGUUUGCACGGAAUCUCUGAACGGUGUAGCCAAGUGUAUUAUCCCGCCUCACCAUGAUUCUGCUAAUGCGGUUGGAGCGGCAAUCGCAAAGGUUUCUGGGGAGGUAGAUGUCAUUGAGAUAUUGGAGAAUCGAGACGAAAGAGCCGUGGUGGAAGCGGCCAAGCAGCAAGCUAUCCAGGCCGCUAUUGCGCGCGGAGCUGACAAGGGUGAUACCAAAGUCGUCGAGGUGGAGAAGAUUCCGCUACAAUAUGUAACAAACAAGGCGAUAAGGUUAGUUGUCAAGGCUGUGGGGAAACUCAGCACGUCGAAAUUUGAGGGGAACUUAGCAUCAGACCAACCGGCCGAGAUAGACUGGAUGUCGAAGGAUGAUGAGCAAGUAUCCGAGCAGGAAACGAGUGGUGAUUCAGCAUCAGCAACACCGAAAGAUGCGACUUUGCCGUCUUCCACGAAACAUAUUACCUCUGUCCACUUUGACUCUUACGCACCGGAAGUGGUGAACAAUGUAUGGUAUCUAUCUACCACUGAUCUGGAAUUUAUCGCUACUGGAACUGGAGUCUUGGGGACAGGCGGAGGGGGACCGUCGUAUUUGCAAUAUCUUCAGUGCCUCCAUUGGCUGCAAUCUCCCGAAUCUAAAGGACGUAUGAGAGUCGUGGCUCCCGAAUAUAUGAAAGACAGCGAUGUGUGCGUGUUCGGAUCCUGGUAUGGUGCACCGAGCGUCUCAAGUGAAAGACUCCCAGCCGGAACAGAGAUCAUGACAGCCAUUGAUUACUCAGUUCAAUUAUCGAAGCACUCGCAUUUUGAAGCAGUGAUUGCAGAUGAGAUUGGUGGUGGAAAUGGCAUGUCGACAUUUCCAACUUCCAGCUUCUACGACAUCCCAGUUAUUGAUGGCGAUUUGAUGGGGCGUGCGUAUCCCACAAUGGAGCAUGGGACGCCAUACGUCUAUGGGCAUCCCAUAACUCCUUGCGUUUUAGCAGAUGCUAAGCAGAAUGUCGGUGUUGUGAUGAAUGCUGAAUCUAACACGAGGGUGGAAGGAAUGUUAAGAUCUCAAUGUGUGAAUCUCGGUCUCAAAGCUGCCGUCGCCGCUGUUCCUUUAAGCUGCGAUAUCAUCAAGCAAUAUUGCAUUCCAAACACUGUGUCCCAAGCAUGGUAUAUCGGACGAGCUGUUCAUCAAGCACGAAGGAACAAGACUAAUAUCGUAAAGUCGAUAUUUGAUACCUCACCUGGAAACCUAUUAUACAGCGGCAAAAUCACUGAUGUUAAAAGAGAUGUCAGUCGCGGAUACACCAUGGGUCAAUGUACCAUUGAGCCCUUGACCGACGACGAAAUGGAAGAUCCCAACAAUACCCGCUCAGCGAACAAAGAAAAAGAGAAGCGCUGCAUAGUACUUCCGUUUCAGAACGAGUUUCUAUAUGCAGCAUACGUCGACGACGUAGUAAGUGCAGACGACCCAUCAAAGCACGACGUAAUCUGUACGGUGCCAGAUCUCAUUUCCGUAUUAGGAGCGGAUGGAGAAGCCAUUGGAUCUCAGGAAUUGCGGUAUGGUCUCAAAGUGGAUGUGAUUGCUAUGGCAGCGCAUCCACUAUGGACGGGGGAUGAGAGAGGUUUGAGAAUUGGAGGGCCUGAGGGUUUUGGGCUGGAUAUGGAGUUUAAAGGUCUCGGCCCUUAUCAGAAACCGAGGAGUGUGAUUGAAGAGUUCAAUAAGAGUGAAUAGGUAUAGGCUUCACCUAUCGAUAUAGAUUGAGUAGAAUCAGAAAUUUUAUCUAUCCUAUACA